GCUCGUCUCUGUGAUCUCAAUCACUUCGCUUUUUGAUCACAGUCUUCUGCGACUUUUUUUUCAAUCGCCGAAAAUCCCUUGGAGUUUACUUACUUGGGUAAAGUUGCCAACACUGUCUUGUUUUCCUCCGGUUUGGAUCACUGCAUCAAGUUUUUCUCCUGAACGAUCAGGAUUAAUUUCCCCCUUAUGUUGGCAGAAAUACCUUGAUUUAUGCUGGAAGAUGACGUGCAACUGUUCUCAUGCAGACGUGUAGCGAAUCCCUCUGAAGGUUCAGGAUGAGAAAAUGGCGCAUUCGUUUACUCCACCAGGACCUAAAAGUUUCCAUAAGUUCACCCGUGAAUCUCUUAAGGCCAUCGAGAGCCGGAUCGCUGAGGAGAAUGCCAGGAAGUCCAAGGACAAGCAGGAGAGAAAUAAAGAUGAUGAAUGCAGACGAAAACCCAACAGCGGCCUGGAGACCGGGAAAAAUCUUCCCUUCAUAUACGGAGACGUUCCCAGAGGACUGGUGUCCACACCACUGGAGGACCUGGACCAGUUCUACAGCAAUCGGGCAACUUUUAUAGUAGUGGACAAAAAAAAGACAAUCAUCCGUUUCAACGCCACUCCUGCCUUGUACAUCUUCAGUCCCUUCAACCCUCUGAGAAGAAUCUCAGUUAAGAUUUUGGUGCAUUCAUUGUUCAGUAUGUUUAUAAUGUUCACUAUACUGGCAAACUGCGCUUUCAUGGUCUACUCAAAUACUCCAGACUGGGCCAAGAACGUAGAGUAUGCCUUCACUGGGAUAUACACUUUUGAAGCACUCAUAAAGAUCAUCGCUAGGGGAUUCUGUGUGGGACAGUUUACGUUUCUCCGAGACCCGUGGAACUGGUUGGAUUUUAUGGUUAUAGUUAUGGCAUAUUUAACAGAGUUUGUGGAUCUGGGUAAUGUGUCUGCGCUGCGAGCGUUCAGAGUUCUUCGAGCCCUGAAAACUAUAUCGGUCAUCCCAGGGCUGAAAACAAUUGUUGGAGCUCUGAUCCAGUCAGUGAAGAAGCUGUCAGAUGUGAUGAUCUUAACCCUUUUCUGCCUAAGCGUCUUUGCUUUGGUCGGACUGCAGCUUUUCAUGGGAGUUCUUAAACACAAAUGUGUGCUCAGGCCAUCCGAUUACAACAUAAGUCGGUGUAUUCUUAAAGAGACAGAGGACUGUUACACAAUGGACGACUACAACAAUUACAUUAAUAAUCAGAGUAAUCAGUAUUUCCAAUCCGGAAAGAAAGAUGCUAUGAUCUGUGGGAAAAGCAGUGAUGCUGGGCAGUGUCCAGAUAAUUAUCUCUGUACAAAAGCAGGGCCCAAUCCAGAUUAUGGUUACACAAGCUUUGACUCCUUUGGCUGGGCUUUCCUUGCUUUAUUCAGACUGAUGACUCAAGACUACUGGGAGAAUCUUUACCAACAGACUCUUCGGGCCGCAGGAAAAAUCUACAUGAUUUUUUUUGUGCUGGUCAUUUUCUUGGGAUCCUUCUACCUGGUGAAUCUGAUCCUGGCUGUGGUUGCCAUGGCAUAUGAUGAACAAAAUCAGGCCACUAUUGAUGAGGCUUUGAAGAAAGAGGAGGAGUUUAGUGCCAUGCUCCAGCAGAGACGUGACGAGGAAGCUCAGGCCAUGGCUGAACUGUCCAAGUGUGAUGGGCUGAGCGGAGAAAAGACAGACUCUUCCUCGGAUGCCUCUAAACUCAGUUCCAAAAGUGCCAAAGAAAGACGCAACCGCAGGAAAAAGAGACAGCGUCAGGGGGAAGGCGAGAAAGAGGAGGAUUCCAACAGGGAGGGGACUGCUAGAAAGGCCAGCUUCCGUUUGAUUGCUGAUGGAAAAAUCCGGCUCUCACAUGAAAGGACUUACACGUCUCCACAUCAGUCCCCCCUGAGUAUUCAGGGCUCAAUCCGCACCCCACGCCGGGACAGCAAAGGUAGCGUCUUCAGCUUCCGCGGGCGUGUGCAUUCAGAAAACAACUAUGCUGACGACGAGCAAAGCAUGUGUGAGGAAACGGGCAGCCGGAGAGACUCUCUGUUUGUACCCUCUCGAUCCGAGCGGCUUUACAGCACUCUUAGCAAAAGCAGCCCGACUCCACGUAUACUGUUACCCUCUAACGGAAAAGCACGGUACGUGGUCGACAGCAAUGGCAUGGUGAUAGUGUCAUGUGGAGCGUCUUCACCCAACUCACCCUCUGGAUUACUGACGCCGGAGAUGUCCAGAAAAAAACCCACGUUUGACGACACAUGCUUUGACACAGAUGAAGAAUAUCGACGCAGAUGUGAUUCAAAGAGCUUUUCAAGGGCUUUUCCACAUGAGCAAACAGCGAGACAGCGAGGAUUGAGCGUAGCAAGUGGCAGCAACAACACUGCUGACCUGUCGGAGGUCUUGAAACAGAAGUGUGUGGAGUGCUGGUUCGAGUUUGCAGAGAGUUAUCUGAUCUGGGAUUGCAGUCCCACAUGGCUGAAGAUAAAGAAAGUUGUCAACAUGGUUAUGAUGGACCCCUUUGCGGAUCUGUUUAUCACCAUUUGCAUCGUGAUAAACACCGCAUUCAUGGCCAUGGAGUAUCACCCCAUGGAUGCCACCUUUAUUAAAGUGCUCACAACCGCCAAUGUGGUUUUCAUAGCCAUCUUUACAGCAGAAAUGAUAUUCAAGAUCGUUGCGUUGGACCCGUACACUUACUUUCAGGAAGGCUGGAAUAUCUUCGACAGCAUCAUAGUUACGUUGAGUCUCCUGGAACUUUGUUUGCCUGGAAUCGGCUUUCUUAGGCCAUUCAGAUUGCUAAGAGUCUUCAAACUAGCUAAGUCUUGGCCGACUCUGAACAUGCUGAUCAAGAUCAUUGGUAACUCUCUUGGCGCCUUGAGCAACCUAACGCUUGUGCUGGCCAUCAUCGUCUUCAUCUUCGCUGUGGUGGGCAUGCAACUGUUUGGGAAGAACUACCGUGACUGUGUGUGUAAGAUUUCUGAGGAUUGCACGCUUCCUCGCUGGCACAUGAGCGAUUUCUUCCACUCGUUCCUGAUCGUCUUCAGGGUUUUGUGUGGAGAGUGGAUCGAGACCAUGUGGGACUGCAUGGAAGUGUCAGGAACGCAAUUGUGCUUGAUUGUGUACAUGAUGGUCAUGGUGAUUGGAAAUCUGGUGGUUUUGAACCUGUUCCUCGCUCUGCUGCUCAGCUCAUUCAGUGCCGACAACCUCGCAGCCCCCGGAGAAGAUAUUGAAAAGAACAACCUGCAGAUAGCGGUUGGUCGAAUCAAGAAAGGUUUUGCUGUAGUCAAGGCCUGCCUUCAGAAUUUCUUCCGGAGUGGCUGUAUAAGAAAGCAGAAGCCAAAAAAGAAAACCAUAGAUGGGAGCAUAAUUUUGAGAAACUGCAAGAAAAUAAACUCCGACCACACCUCACUAGAGCUGGUUAAAGGCAUCGGAAGUACGGACAUGGAUAGUGACACAGAGGAUUUUAUCAGCAACCCAAGCUUGACCGUCAGUGUCCCGAUCGCUGUCGAGGAGUCAGACUUUGAGUGCCUCAACACUGAGGAUUUCAGUAGCCUUUCUUCAGACCUAGAUGAUAAAGAGAAGCUGUCUGACGUGGCUCCCAGCUCUUCGGAGGGCAGCACGGUGGACCUCAGACACUUUGGUAAAGAUGGAGAAGAUGCUUUGGACUCUGAACUUGAGGAAUCUACGGAUCCAGAAGCCUGUUUCACACCAGGGUGUGUCCAGAAGUUCCCGUGCUGCCAGGUGGAUGCAGAAAAGGGCAUGUGGAAGAAAUGGUGGCUGCUGAGACAGACGUGCUAUAACAUCGUGGAGCACAGCUGGUUUGAGAGCUUCAUCAUCCUCAUGAUUCUGCUCAGCAGUGGCGCUCUGGCAUUUGAGGACAUUUACCUUAAUUCGAGGAAGACCAUAAAGACCAUCUUGGAAUUUGCUGAUAAAGUGUUCACCUACAUCUUCAUUCUGGAGAUGCUGCUGAAAUGGGUCGCCUAUGGUUUUGCCAAAUACUUCACCAAUCUCUGGUGCUGGCUGGAUUUUAUUAUUGUUGAUGUCUCUCUGAUCAGCCUGGUGGCCAACGCCCUGGAUUAUUCAGAGCUGGGCGCCAUCAAAUCUCUCCGAACCCUGAGAGCCUUCCGACCGCUCCGAGCCCUCUCACGCUUUGAGGGAAUGAGGGUGGUUGUGAACGCUCUUCUGGGCGCCAUCCCCUCCAUCAUGAACGUCCUGCUGGUCUGCCUCAUCUUCUGGCUCAUUUUUAGCAUCGUGGGCGUCAACUACUUCGCCGGGAAGUUUUACGAAUGUGUAAACAAAACCUCGGGAAAGCGAAUGUCUUCCACAGAUAUCCGUAAUAUAACGGAGUGUCUCGGAAACCCCGAUGAACUCGAAUGGAGAAAUUUGAAGAUUAACUUUGACAAUGUAGGAAAUGGAUACCUGGCCCUGCUACAAGUGGCCACUUUUAAAGGGUGGAUGCCCAUUAUGUAUGCAGCGGUAGACUCUCGCAAUGUAGAUGAGCAACCAGAGUAUGAGGUGAAUCUGUAUAUGUACCUCUUUUUUGUCAUCUUCAUCAUCCUUGGAGCUUUUUUCACAUUAAAUCUCUUCAUUGGCGUCAUCAUUGACAACUUCAAUCAGCAGAAGAAAAAGUUUGGGGGUCAAGACAUUUUCAUGACAGAAGAGCAAAAGAAAUACUACAACGCUAUGAAGAAGCUAGGCUCAAAAAAACCUCAAAAACCCAUUCCAAGGCCAAAAAACAAGAUUCAAGGAUUCAUCUUUGACCUCGUAACCAAACAGGCAUUUGACAUUUUCAUUAUGGUCCUUAUCUCGCUCAAUAUGCUCAUUAUGAUGAUGGAGACGGAAGAGCAGUCAAGGAAUAAACAAACGAUGGGAGUGCUGUACUGGAUCAAUGUUGGUUUCAUUGUGCUCUUCACCAGCGAAUGUGUGCUAAAGAUGGCUGCGCUACGACAGUACUUUUUUACCGUCGGCUGGAAUGUAUUCGACUUUAUCGUGGUCAUCCUGUCUAUAGUUGGCAUGUUCCUGGCAGAAGUCAUUAAGAAGUAUUUUGUCUCACCCACCCUGUUUCGCGUCAUUCGCCUCGCCCGGAUCGGCCGUGUGCUACGUCUUAUCCGAAGUGCCAAGGGAAUACGGACCCUUCUGUUUGCGUUGAUGAUGUCACUUCCUGCCCUUUUCAACAUCGGUCUUCUCCUCUUCCUUGUCAUGUUCAUCUACGCCAUCUUCGGCAUGUCCAACUUCGCCUACGUCAAAAAAUCGGCCGGCAUUGACGACAUGUUCAACUUCGAGACGUUUGGCAACAGCAUGUUGUGUUUGUUUCAGAUCACCACCUCGGCAGGCUGGGACGGCCUUCUGGCACCAAUGUUAGUUACCAAUGAUUCCGAAUGCGACCCGAAUAAAACCUUCCCCGGCAGCCAGGUUAAAGGCGACUGCGGGAACCCGCCCAUCGGGAUUUUCUUCUUCGUCAGCUACAUCAUCAUAUGCUUCCUGAUCGUUGUGAACAUGUACAUCGCCGUCAUCCUGGAGAACUUCAGCGUGGCCACGGAGGAGAGCGCCGACCCCUUGAGCGAAGACGACUUCGAUAGGUUUUACGAGGUUUGGGAAAAGUUCGACCCGAAAGCCUCGCAGUUCAUGGAUUACGACAAGUUGUCAGACUUCGCCAAUUCUCUGGAUCCACCUCUGCGAAUCCCCAAGCCCAACCGCCUGCAGCUGAUCUCCAUGGAUCUGCCGAUGGUGAGCGGCGAACGCAUCCACUGUCUGGAUAUCUUGUUCGCUUUCACCAAACGGGUUCUCGGGGAAGGCGGCGAGAUGGACAUCCUUCGCGGACAAAUGGAAGAGAGGUUCAUGGCCUCCAACCCCUCGAAGUCCUCUUACGAGCCCAUCACCACAACCCUGCGCAGGAAGCAUGAAGAUAUGUCUGCUGCAAUCAUCCAGAGAGCCUAUAGGAGCCACAUCGUCCGACAUAGUAUAAAGAAGGUCCGUAAUGCACACAGAGAGACCAGGCAGCAAAACGGGAAGGUCCCGAAUAAAGAGUCUGUUGACGAUGAAAAGUGCGAUAAUAACAGCGCUUGGGAAAACUCUGAUGCAACGCCCGCCACGUCCUCUCCGCUGUCGUAUGAUAGCCUGACGCAGAAUGCCACAAACAAAUACAAGAAGGACAAACAUGAGAAGGAAGUGGAAGACAAAGGAAACGGCGUUUAGAGUAGCAUUACAACCUUGUUUACAACUUAUUUGUCAGGGUCAGGUGACCUUGUCUGUUUGAUGUGGAUGUCUAUGCCUGAGCAUACUUGAACUUUGUGCCUAUUCUGGAGCUGUGAUUGGCAUGAGUUAGGCAGUGAAGCUGCUACGUCUAACCUGUUUCACUCGCUGGCGAAAAUGGCGAUGGACCAAAUGUUGUCGUUUUCUCUAAGUGUUGUGAUCUGAUCCAUUUUCUUUGUGUGCUGUUCAGCAGAUUUGUGUGUCGGAGAUACAUUCAGUGUGUUGCAUUUAGAGUUGAAGUGUGUGAUUCUUGUGCCACUGGUUGCACCAGACCUUAAUGGCGAAAUAUACUAAAACAGAGUGUGUAAUUAAAGCAUACAUGAUAUAGAUUAUAUACAGUAUUUAUUAUCAUAAUUCAAAUUGAUCAAAAGAGACAAUGAAGAGAUUUAUAAUGUAUCAUGUUACAUUAAUAACACAAAAUGGCAUCAACUCAGCAUAUUAGAGUGAUUUCUGAAGGAUCAUGUGACACUGAAGACUGGAGCUAUGCUGAAAAUUCAGCUUUGCAUCAUGGGAAUACAUUUUAAAAUAUAUGAAAAUAGAAACCAGUUAUUCUAAACUGUAAUAAUGUUUUGCAAUAUCAAUGGUUUUACUAUUAAUGGUAUAAAUAAAUCACUGUGAUAUAUGAAAUAUCAGUUCAUUUUACAUUGCCAACAAAAUAAAAAUAAAUAUACUGUACAUAUUUAAUAUAUCACCUAGAAAACAGUUGUUCCGUUUGAUGCAACAACAACAACAAAAAAAACAGGAAAUUGGUUGUCAGUGGUUCAAAACUUGGCUAGAUAACUUUACUAGUCAAACCCUAAAGGUACAUGCUGUAACCACACCAUUUUGGGAGCACAAUAAUAUAGCACUAGUAAAAGAUAUGGGACUGUGUGUUCUUGUUGAGACGUCACGAGUUACUGUAACUGAACAGGAAUAUUGGUGCUUCUGUAAGUGCAGAAAUGACACACUUCCUCUUUAAAUGUCUUUUUUUUUUCAACAGUUUGUGUUUGUUUGGAGAAUUUUGCAUUUCUCUUGUUUGUUUUUAAGUGAGCGUGAUUUUUUGCGAGGUUGCUUGAGACAGAGUUGAUGUACUUCUUUUCUUCUAUUGACUGUUGCGGUCGGUUGUCGAUACACGUGUAAUUAUAGUUGCAUGAAGGCUCACCUGUAGUCACACAAGUUUCCCACUCAGUAUUUCAGAAUGGCUCAGUGCCUCUCAGGUCUCUCUUCAACACGCUAGAAAGCCAUUCGCACACGUGCCUUCCCUACGCAAGAGCAUGCAGCAAACACUUUCAUUAAAAACCUCAAGACAUCCUCACAUCCUGAACUGUGAAACCUGUCUGAUUUCAGUCUUUUCUGUAGCUGCGUCGCUGAUAUUGCACUUGAAACAGCUUCAUAGGAAUAAUUCACCCAACAGUUAAAAUUGUCUGAAAAUGAACACACCCUUAUGCUAUCCAAGGCGUACACUAGUUUCAUUGGAUUUGGAGAAAUGUAUCAUUGCAUCAGUUGCUCACCAAGGGAUGCUCUGCAGUGAAUGGGUGCCGUCAGAAUGAGAGUCCAAACAGCUGAUAAAAACCUCACAAUAAUCCACAAGUAAUCCACACUACUCCAAUCCACCAGCUGUUUGGAGUCUCUUUCACCAAAUUUGAUGUAGAAACAUUCUCAUCUACAUCUUGGAUGACUUGAGGGAGAGUAAAUGUUCAGCGAAUUCUAAUCUUUCGGGUGAACUGUUUUUAAUAAAUCAUUUAGAGAUCAUCUGUUCCCAUCUUCUUCACUUCUGCAUCGUAGCGGGAUUCAUCAACGGUUGUGAGUCCAUUUUUGUAUAUGAACUCUGACUGGGUCGGGUAGCUGUCUUAAGACAAAACUGCAUCUUUCAGCAUUCGAAUCUUUGCAUUUUUAAAGAUUUCUCUCGUAUGUGUAAAUAUUUUGUAGAAAUAUGCAAUCUGUUGUAUCAUUUCUGUAAUGCAUAAAUUAUGGAUUCUAAUCUAUUUAGGGAAUGUGAAAGGUUUAAAGUAAAAGGUUAUAUGCAUCACAAAAAUACUAAAUUAUGCUAAAGUUAUAUGGAAAAUAUAAUCUUUUUGAUUAUGUUGGAGCUAAAAUGUUAUUGUGAAAUAUGGGCAUUUUAUUUGUAUAAUGCAUUCGGUUUUUAUAAAUAACACUGAGGAAUUGUGUUUUGGCAUUUUGUUUGCUGCGUAUUUCACCAAAUGAAGAUUCUAGUUCUGUAUAUUCCUCUUAUCAAUGUUGACGUGUCUUCACAAUGACUGAAGACUGACGGGAUAGUGUGUAUUUGUUUACAUUUUUAAAGUUAUGAAUGUUAUCAUUACAUUUCGUUUCAUGUCAGAGACUCGUAUGCUCCACAUAAACACAGUCGUAAGUGUAACUGCUCCAUGUGAAUGUGAAAUAUAUUGAGAAAAUGAAUUCUAGAUAUAUUAUGAAUUUCUAUGAGAUGAAUAUCAAAAUAGCAUAAGACAUAAAUCACUAGCUUUUAUAUGCAUCAUGCUUGUAGUCUGUGAGUUAAACUGCAUGCGAGACAUUGCUAUGGAUCAGUUCUUUAAGCUAAAAGAAUAAACUCAUCA